CUUCCAAAACAAGACAGUGUUCCGUGUUAUGUUGACGAAAUGUUAUAGUUGUUGUGACUGAGUUAUCGCGAUAACUAGACAAAAGUUUUCUUAGAAAGAGACAAGGAUCAUUUUUUUCCAAAAGAAAGUGGACAAGGAGGGUUGGAGAAGAAAAUGAGAACGCUAAAUCGAACGAUUUGCUUCGUUUACGCGGCCGGAGAUGCCAUGUUUUUUUCAUGCUGACCGUGGUCUGAAGGGUUUCGCUUUGUUAAUAAUUUUACUCUUGAUAUCCUAAAGAAACCCGCUUAGCUUGUGUACAAGGCUUGGAAACUUUUGAAUUUUAGUUUAUUAUUUGUUUAUUUUACUUCGCUGUUUUAAUUUAUCCAUGGGAAGUUCUACUUCAAAGUUCCGCAAAGCUCUUCAACGUGGUGAAGGAGUCGAGGCUAUGCACAUUUACCUCAAGAACCCUGAAAUUAAAAGAAAUCUUGAUCCGAACUGCAGCUUCGGAGUGAAUCAUGGCCGAAACACUGCACUGCAUUAUGCCGCAAUGCAUGCGAUGAAAGCUUUUAUACGCGAGUUCCUGGAGGAAAAAGCUGACCCGAACAUUACGAACGCGAUAGGGCAAAAUGCCUUACACUGUGUUAGCUUGAGUUUCCGAGGAGUCGAAUCGUCCGUCGAUAAAGCGCGAGCCGACUGCAUGUCGAUACUUCUAGGAUGGAGUUCAAAUCUUCCGGAGGGAACAGGGCUUGAGAUCGAUGCACGCGAUCAGACUGGAAACACUCCGCUGCACUAUGCUGCAAGCUCAGGACUAUAUCAAUGUGUUCAGUUGUUGGUUGCUAAUGGAGCAUCACUUUAUGAAGAAAACAAGAAUGGGGAAACUGCAUGUGACUUUGCCAUCAAAAGAGGAUUUAACUCCAUUGCAGCUUUUCUGGAAUCAAGGAUGGUUUUCUCUCAAGAAUCUCCAAGUGCCAAUGCAGUUGAGGAGCCUGUUUUUAUUGACAGAGAUGACCAGAAGCAAUACAGAGGUCUUUGUGCGCAAGAUCUUCAAGAAGCAAAGGAUCAGAUGCUUGUAGAGACGGCAGAUAUGCUCAGGGUUCCAUUGUUUACUGCUGAAGGUCUACUUCGGAAUCACGAGUGGUCUAAAGAAUCUCUGAUUGAAGCAUGGAUGGAAGAUCCUGUUGCAGCUUGUGAGAAAGCUGGAGUUACUCUCCCAGAGAAUCACACCACAGGCAAUGUAGAACUUGAAGAGAAAACUAAACUUGCAAUAAAAAGCAACUAUGGAGCAUCUGAAGUUUGUUCUAUCUGCGAAGAUCAAAUAGUGUAUGAAGAUGUUCCUCUGUCUCUUUCUUGUAAUCAUGAGUUCUGUCGUUCUUGCUGGGAAAGUUAUCUGAAUAUGAAGAUCAAAGAAGGCAAGGCUCAUAACAUACAGUGUCCUGCAUUUGAUUGCAGUGCUCUUGUCCCUAUGGAAACUAUUGAAAGUCUUGUAUCAAGAGAAAUGGCAAGAAGAUAUCUUCAGUUUGAUAUAAAGGCUUUUGUAGAGAGUAAUCCCACUUUGAAAUGGUGUCCGUCACCUGGAUGUGGCCGAGCAGUGAGGCUGCCAUCGAACAUGCUACCCUCACUGAAUGUUUCUGUAGAAGCAAGCUCUUUAGGGGAGACAGAGCCAAUGACUGUAGAUUGUGGCAGUGGUCAUUUCUUUUGUUGACAUUUCUGAGUGUCCUGAAACAGAAGCAGUCGCCAACACUCUUUGGCUCGUGACAAACUCGAAAUCCUGCCCCAACUGCAAAUCACCCAUUCAGAAAAAUGAGGGAUGCAACCACAUGAAGUGUACAAAGUGUAAACACGAGUUCUGCUGGGUUUGUCUGGAACAGUGGAAAAAACACAGUUCUGCUACAGGAGGAUAUUUUAGGUGUAAUCGAUUUGAGAUUGUUCAAAAAGUUGAAUCAGAGUCAGCCAAGAUAGUAACAGAGAUUAACACAAAGAAUGACGAAAUCACGCAGUUAAAUUGUUUUCUACAUUAUUACUCACGCUUUAAGAACCAUGAAAAUAGUUACAAGUUUGAAGAACCUUUAUUAAGUACAGCUAAGGAUAAAAUGUCUGCACUGGCUGUUGCUGCCAUGGAAACAGCUGCAACUUCAGUGGAAAAUGCUGACACAUCAUUCAUCGAAGACGCCGUUCACGGACUGCUUAAUUCAAGAAGAGUUCUCCGAGCCUCAUAUGCUUAUGGCUUCUUUCUCACUGGUAACAAAGACAAGAGACUAAUCUUUGAAUCAAUGCAGACCGAAGUUGAAGAAGCAACAGAGACACUAUCACAGAUGGUAGCCCGACCUUACUUGAGGACACCGCGGGCUCAGAUCAUCCAAACCACACAGCUGUUACACCGGAAGCGAGAUGACUUCCUGUUAGCUCUGUCACGUGGUCUUAUACCGGAUGACGACGAACUUCCGGAACCUAACAGCCUCAUGCCAAGCAGGUUCCUCUCUUCAUCCAGAGGAAGUCAAGAUAGCGAGUCUGACGAAGAUGAAGACAAUUAUGACGAAGUUCGCAGCGCAAUUGAACACUCCAUCAUCAAGGAACGUUUGACUCGGCUGGCAGCGUUUGGAUCUACUGAUUCAUGCCCACUUAGUGAAGAUGUCUUUGAAGAACAAGCCGCUGCCAAGGAAAAAGUAACCUGUGAGGCGAUUCACAAGAGAUUUAACCUUUCCUCUUGUUACUUGUGCAAAUAUGGAAAAACGAAAGAAAAAGGGGCGGGAAGGAGAAGAAGGCGCCAGCGACGAAGCAAACCAGCGGAGACUGAAGACGAAAUAGAUGUUGAUGUGAUGCGAGCGAUACAUUUGUCACUGAUGCAACGUAGUACACAAACCAAUCAGAGAAGCCGACAAUCAAGCUCAUCCAGCAGUUCGACCAGCUCUUACAGAGACCAAGCACAUGGGGUGCAGGCGCCCCAGGACAUGUCUUACCUCUCUGCCGUGGAUGGGGCUUCUCUUCAGAAAGCUAUAGAGCUGUCACUUCGAGAUUCUGCUGUUGGAGGAG